UGUAGAAGAAGUCUCCAAGCAAACAUGGCGGAGAAGGAAGUUAGCGGAAGUCAAGCAAAUAGCAAUGCAAUCAAUAAAAUCAAUAAUCGAGAAGGUAAUGAGGCACUGACAUCAGCCGAAGAUGAAAGCUCGGAGAGCUGUGACUAUAACCAGGACCUGAAAAGUGUCCUCGUCACCAGCGUUUUAAAUCUGGAGCAGCUGGAUGUGGAUUUGUACCGGGGAACGCACCACUGGGUGCCCCGCACUCAACGUCUGUUUGGAGGUCAGAUAGUUGGACAGGCGCUGGUGGCUGCUGCCAAGUCUGUCAGCGACAGCCUGUACGCCCACUCCCUGCACUGCUACUUUGUCCGAGCAGGGGAUCCAAAGGUUCCCGUGCUGUACCAGGUGGACCGCACGAGAGACGGCCGCAGUUUCACCGUGCGCUCUGUGAAGGCCAUCCAGCACGGGCAGCCCAUACUCAUCUGCCAAGCCUCCUUCCAAACGUUGCAGCCCAGCCCCCUGCAGCACCAGUUCACCAUGCCAGAUGUCCCUCUGCCUGAAGACCUCCUCACUGUGGAAGAGCUGAUUCACGGUUAUCUCAGUAAACCUGACCUGGCAGAGGAGGCAAGGAAAGGCUUGAACAAGCUGCUGGCUAAUGAGGUCCCCAUUGAGAUAAAGCCGAUUAACCCAGCACAGUUUUACAGACAGGCUCCAGAAGAACCACGACGGCUGUUCUGGGGGCGAGUGCGAGGACAUAUUGGUGAAGGUAACAUGAAGUUGCACUGCUGCGUUGCUGCUUAUGUGUCAGACUUUGCUCUGCUGGGCACAGCGCUGCUGCCUUACCCACAGUACAGGGCCAAGUUCGCGGCCUCCCUCGACCACUCCAUGUGGUUCCACAGCACUUUUCGUAGUGACGAGUGGAUGCUGUAUGAGUGUGAGAGCCCAUGGGCAGGGAGCAGCAGGGGACUGGUACAAGGCCGGCUGUGGAGAAGAGACGGGGUACUGGCUGCCUCGUGUUCACAGGAGGGCGUCCUGAGAGUGAAACCAGUCACUGUGCCCAGCAAAUUAUAGGGAGACUUUCUGAUUUUGUCUUUUUACACUAAUUUAUUUGUAUAAUCUAAUUAUAUAUUAAGCAGCUUCAGAAUCCUAAACAAAAAAAAAUAUAGAAAA